AUGGAGGAAUCUUACACCUUGCGCGAUUUUCCUGCUGUAAUAACGAUGUCGGAUGAUGAAAGAGAAGAGAUGGAGCUGGAUCUCACCUUGCCUGAAGUUGUUACCAAAUACAAAUCCGCUGCAGAAAUUGUUAACAAGGCGUUGCAGUUAGUGUUGUCGGAAUGCAAGCCCAAGGCUAAGAUUGUUGACCUUUGCGAGAAAGGGGAUGCUUUCAUCAGAGAUCAAACUGGGAAUAUGUACAAAAACGUGAAGAAGAAAAUCGAAAAGGGUGUUGCCUUCCCGACUUGCAUUUCUGUAAACAACACAGUAUGCCAUUUUUCACCAUUGGCCAGUGACGAGACUGUGUUGGAAGAAGGCGACAUGUUGAAAAUUGAUAUGGGUUGUCACAUAGACGGGUUUAUGGCUGUAGUUGCUCACACCCAUGUUCUUCAAGAAGGCCCUGUGUCUGGCAGGGCUGCUGAUGUUAUUGCUGCAGCAAAUACUGCUGCUGAGGUUGCUUUGAGGCUUGUGCGACCCGGGAAAAAAAACAAAGAUGUGACUGAAGCAAUUCAGAAAGUUGCCACGGCUUAUGACUGCAAGAUUGUUGAAGGGGUACUAAGUCAUCAAAUGAAGCAAUUUGUGAUAGAUGGGAACAAGGUUGUGCUUAGUGUCCCAGGUCCUGAGACGAGAGUAGAUGAAGCCGAAUUUGAGGAAAAUGAGGUUUAUGCUAUUGAUAUUGUUACAAGUACUGGCGAAGGAAAGCCUAAGCUGUUGGAUGAGAAACAGACGACUAUUUACAAAAGAGCUGUUGACAAAAAUUAUCUCCUGAAGAUGAAGACGUCGCGAUUCAUAUUCAGUGAGAUAAAUCAGAAAUUUCCUAUCAUGCCAUUUACUGCUAGGGCUUUGGAAGAGAAGCGUGCUCGACUGGGUCUAGUAGAAUGUGUUAAUCAUGAUCUUUUGGAGCCAUAUCCUGUUCUUCACGAGAAGCCUGGUGACCUAAUUGCGCACAUCAAAUUUACUGUGUUGCUGAUGCCAAACGGGUCAGAUCGCAUCACGUCUCAUCCUCUACAGGAGCUGCAGCCCACCAAAACAAUAGAUGAUCCAGAGAUAAAAGCCUGGUUAGCUUUGGGCACAAAGACCAAGAAGAAAGGUGGUGGAAAGAAGAAAAAAGGUAAGAAGGGCGAAAAAGCUGCGGAGUCGGCAGAUGCUGAAUCCAUGGACGUGGAACCAAAUGGCACAACCUCCAAAGAAUGA